AUGUCGUGGUUCUCGAGUCAGUGGAACCGAUGGAAUCAGGCAACACCGUCUGCAUGGUCUGAUGUAGAAUGGCUUGAAGUAGUGCUGGGCCGACAGCGGUACGUAUUUGUGAAGAGAUCGACGCUCACCAACCACGCUAGGUACCAAGUGACACUGCCCAAUAUUGACGAGCCAUUGACUCUCAAAUACCUUCGACAAGAACUCGCAUCUAUCUUUAACGUACCUUCACAGGGUAUUUCUAUUGUAUUCCAGGGCAUGGUUCUCAAAGAUGAUCGUGUCUCGUUACAGGAUUAUGGCUUGACGACCGGCUCACGCAUCCAGCUGCUGCUCAAAGAUACGCAGCCACAGCAGCACAAAACUGCCCAUACAAUGCAACACACGAGUAUGCCGCCAAAUGACGUAAGCCCCGUGGAAGCUGCCCAAAUGAGUGCGGAUGCUGCACCAUCAGGCCCAACCUGGCCUGGCUUUGGUUCAUCUGACGCUGCUGCUCACGUAAAUCAAAGCACGCAGGCCGCCCCAGGUGCACAAAACACAGUGCCUCCCAUGUCCAAAGAUCAAAAACACCUGCAACAAAUCGAACAAGUGACUCAGCAUUGUCGUGCGGAACUUGUGCCGGAACUUGAACGGUUUGAAAACAGCAUCCAAAAGCUGCCAGACUCGCACCCAGGCUCAUUACAGUCGGAACCUGAGGAUUCUCUAGCACCUCUGUUCUCCGUUACGCCACACCGCUUGCCGUAUGAGCAGCGAAAACUGUCAGAACUGCUCCUUCGUGAGCUCUUGAAACUUGAUGACGUUCCUACAGACAAGGAUGAAGUUCGCAUGGCACGUAAAUCAACUGUCAAGGAGGUCCAGAGCUACCUUGAACGCGUUGAUACCGCAUGGAACACAGCAACGAAGGAGAAGGGCAUCGUCUCGGACGUGUAG